UCGCUACCAUAUAUACACACACCUUCAUCCCAUCGAAUCCAAUCCAUUCAAUCAACAAAACUCAACCAAAAGGUUUACAGUUUUACACACUCGAAGAUAUAGCAUGACGUCAUCAACGGCGAGAGUAGAUCUGGACGGAAAUCCGGUAAAACCGUUAACAAUAUGCAUGAUCGGCGCCGGAGGAUUCAUCGGUUCGCACUUGUGCGAGAAAUUGUUGUCUGAAACGCAGCACACUGUGUUAGCUGUGGAUGUGUAUAAUGAUAAGAUCAAGCAUCUUCUCGAACCGGACUCGCUUCCUUGGGCCGGUCGCAUCCAGUUCCACAGGAUUAAUAUUAAGAAUGAUUCUCGCCUUGAAGGUCUCAUCAAGUGCUCUGAUCUGACUGUUAAUCUAGCUGCGAUCUGCACACCGGCGGAUUACAAUACCCGUCCACUUGAUACGAUUUACAGCAACUUCAUCGAUGCACUCCCUGUGGUCAAGUACUGUUCAGAGAAUAACAAGCGGCUUAUUCACUUUUCCACUUGUGAAGUAUAUGGGAAAACCAUCGGUAGCUUUCUUCCCCAAGAUAGCCCUCUGCGACAGGAUCCUGCUUACUAUAUUCUCAAAGAAGACACAUCCCCUUGCAUUUUUGGCUCAAUCGAGAAACAACGAUGGUCUUAUGCAUGUGCAAAACAGUUAAUUGAGAGGCUCAUCUAUGCCGAGGGUGCUGAGAAUGGUCUUGAGUUCACCAUCGUAAGGCCUUUUAACUGGAUUGGCCCUAGGAUGGAUUUCAUUCCCGGGAUUGACGGUCCCAGUGAGGGUGUUCCAAGGGUUCUCGCAUGCUUUAGCAACAAUCUGCUCAGGCGUGAGCCCUUGAAGCUUGUGGAUGGCGGUCAGUCACAGAGAACCUUUGUUUAUAUUAAGGAUGCUAUUGAAGCUGUUCAUUUGAUGAUUGAAAAUCCAGCUAGAGCCAAUGGUCAUAUCUUUAAUGUGGGUAACCCUAACAAUGAAGUUACAGUACGACAACUUGCUGAAAUGAUGACCAAGGUAUACGCAAAGGUAAGUGGAGAAGAUUCAAUAGAGACCCCAACCAUUGAUGUAAGCUCUAAAGAAUUUUAUGGUGAAGGAUAUGACGACAGUGACAAGAGAAUUCCAGACAUGACCAUCAUUAACAAACAAUUAGGUUGGGAUCCAAAGACAUCACUUUGGGACUUGCUGGAAUCCACACUUACUUACCAACACAGGACAUAUGCUGAAGCAGUGAGGCAAUCCAUUGCAAAACCACUAGCCAAUUGAGAGGGUGGUUCUGGUUCUUAUAAUCUAUGUGCAUUCCUACUGUAACACUUUUGAAGAAACUGUUGAUUAUGUGUUGGUUCAUUUCAUCCUGUGAGACUUGCACUUGCACCUGUAAUGUGUAGUAUGGGAACUCUGCUUGUAUACUCUACUGUGUACACCACAAAGAUACCAGCUCGGUUUUGUUUUUCGGUUGUUAUGUUUUACUAGUGUCGUAUUCUUUUAUUAGGUCUCGCCAGGGCCUUGUCGUUAUUUAAUAAAUUAUAUUCGUUUGACCUUUUUUUUAUAUAUUAAUUUAUAAAAAUA